UGAUUGUUUGAUCGCAGAUAAAAAGGUUGGUAGAUCGGUGAGUUCGUCCUUCUUGUUGUGAUCAGCCCACUGCGACAGACGUUUCGUGUUUUCAGCUUUCAUCUUCAGAUAUCCCAGACCAAAAACAAAACUCUCAUCAUGCCUACCGACUUCAGCGGUGUCUGGACCAGCGGUCGCUCUGAGGGCUGGCCGGAGCUUCUGACCGCUCUGAAAAUCCCAAUGGACAAGAUCCCCAAGGACAUGAAGAUGACCGAGACCAUCUCACAGUUAGGGAACGCAGUGACCAUCGUCACCACCAACAACAAGGACCCGUCAAGCAAGAAGGAACUCACCAUCAACGUCGGUAGUAACUUCACCAACAGCGUGAUGGGACACGACAUCGAGUCCUCGUCGGAGUGGAAAGAUGACAAGCUGGUCACCAGAGCCACCGGGGGAAAGGGCGGCAGCGUCAGGGAGCUGGUGGGUGGGGAGAUGCUCGUCACCAUCGACUUCAACGGGACCGUUGCCAAGACGUACUACGUAAAGCAGUAAGAUGUUUCCAGCAGUCAGCCAUGGAAUGAAAAUGAACACUUCUUCGUAUUAUUUUUAGUUCAUCGACCAAGCGGCAUACUCCAUCUCUGUAGAUGUGCAAAGAACAAUAACAUUUCUCAUGGUUCUUUUGGGUUUAGCCCUUUUUUGAGAAGGAUAUUCAAAGUGAAACAUAACUGCCUUGCUUUCCAUCACCAGGGAUCCGAGUCCACAUCUGACCCGGUAGUUUUCAGAGCGCAAAACAUGUUUUCGAAAACUUGUUUUCUUUGGGUUUAGCCUUUUUUUCAGAUGGUAUACAAUUGAACGAUUCUGUAAAGCAUAAUAUAAGUUUUUGAAAAAGACAAAUUAUUGCCAAUUAGUAAAAGAGAUAAUUUUUAAAAUUACAACUGUUUGUCAUAAUAGCCAGCCCUAUCACGUUUGGAUAUUCAACAAAAUUAAACAUAGUUUAUUUGAAGAAAAAGAAAUCCUA